AUACUGGUAUCUACAUGCCUCCAUCCACGUCCGUGACAAAUCCGUGUUUUUGGCCCUCUAGUUGGCUUACGUUCCAGACCGGAAACAUGCGAACAAGAAGGUUCACCGAUCGCUUCUGGUCCAGUGCGGCGGGUAGCCGCUCACAAAAGUGUCCAAAUCGAUCAAUCACGCUGCAUUCCUGGGUGCCCUGCCCGCCCGCAACAUUAUCCCCAAGCCCUUAGGAUCGCAAGGUGGCACAAUUUGCCCGCCCC